UACUUUUUUCUCACUUUUACUAAUCAAACACGAUUUUGUUGUGCAGAUUAUUACAUUAAAAAACAAAUUACUAUUUAAUUAAAUUCGCAAACUGAGAAAAGUUUUAUUACACAAACUUAAAACUACUUUAUUUGUUGACACUUACUUGCGUAAAAUGGCUACGGCUGCAGGUUCAGCCGCAUCACUUGCUAAUCCCGGAGCUAUACGUAGCCAAAUAUCGAAGGAGUUGCGUGCAAAGGCUAACGAUUUCCUUAAUUCACGACGCAAUGCUAACAAUCUUUUGGAUAUCAUUGCACACUUUCAGCAUUGCGUAAAAGAAAAGCAAUCUAUUACUGCUGCUGUGUUAACCUUGGAGGUUGUGUUCGUGGAAGUUUUAAAGCGCCGAGAAAUGUGUAUAGCGGGUGUGCCUCUGAAACCGAAAGAUGAAAGUGCAGAUACCAAAUACCGCGAAUGGCUGCGACAACGUUACGAGGAAGCAAUGAGUUUAAUACUUAGCUCUUUUGAAAGUGAAAAACCCGCAGAAGCGGCACAAGCCUUGGUAUCAAGCAUGAAGUUAUUGGCAGCAGAAGGCAAACAUCCCUUAGAUAAGUGCGAUGAACCUUGUAAAUUUCCGAAGCAACGUCUACGUAGUAUUUUACAGAAGCUAGUAUCAGGAACGAAAUCACAAAGCACUCUGCUUCAGCGUUUCAAAGAGUAUUCCGAAUAUUUGGAUGUGGUGUUCUACAGUUGGAAAUUAAUGCAGCAACUAGCUACACGGGCUGCCUUUGCUAAUGACGUUUUUGCAUGUAAUUAUUUGGAACUUAUAAAUGUUUUGCCUGUGACCAAAGACCUGCACGACCAACAAAAACUGUUGUGCAUAACGCAAUCCAGCGGAGAAUCUUCACAACCCGAAUGUUUUGACUACGCGCCAGUGAAAAAAUGUAUUAACAAAGUAUGGAUGUGCCUAAUGCAAUGGACCGACGGUAUACAGGAGCCUGUACAUAGACAAAUGCUCAUAAUAUUGUUGGAGCGAGUUUUGCCACACUUGGAAAAACCUAUAUUAUUAACAGAUUUUCUAAUGGACUCACUUGAUUGCGGCGGUCCCGUUAGCUUACUUGCACUGCAAGGCAUUUUCACUCUGAUACAGAAGCAUAAUAUUACGUAUCCAAAUAUUUAUGAAAAGCUGUAUUCUAUGUUUGAACCAGAAAUUUUCCAUACCAAAUUUAAGGCACGUCUGUUUUAUCUGGCGGACAUUUUCUUAAGCUCAACACAUUUGCCUGAAAAUUUAGUAGCCGCAUUUGUUAAACGUCUGGCACGAUUAAGUCUAAUCGCACCGCCACAAGAUUCUAUAAUUAUUUUACAUUUUAUUGGCAAUUUGAUAUUACGUCAUGCCGGUUUAAAACGGCUUAUUUGCGCUCAGGCAGCAAUUGAAGGUAUGCCAAAUUUGUUUAAAAAUGUUUACUGUGUUCAUAUUUCAUUUAAACUCCUAGUUUCGCGCGACCCCUUCAUCAUGGAGGAACGCGAUCCAACAAAGUCAAAUGCGUUAGAUAGUUCAUUAUGGGAAGUGGUAUCCUUACAGAGGCAUGCUAUCCCAGCAGUGGCGAAUGCGGCACGUUUUAUAUCCCAACCUUUACCAACUACAGAGUGGGAUUUGUCUUCCGUAUUAGAAUUGAAAGAAGACGACAUUUUUGAUCAGGAGAUUGCUAAAAAGAGCAAACAGUAUGCUUUAGCUUUUGAACGACCACAGUCUUUAUAUUUACCACAUGAUGACAAAGUGAAACAAUACUGGAAACUAUUCUAAAUAUUACAUAAUUAAGUAUAUGUAUAUAUCUAGAUGUGCUGCAUUUUAAACUGCGGUUGUGGUAGCCUGUAGCGGAGCUGCCUUCUUUGAUGAGGAGAUAAUUUUCUUUACAUUGUGAACUUGUUUUAGGAUUUGACAUUAAAUACACUAGAAUUCGUCAGUAUAUUUAAAUCAAUUUAGUUGUGUUUAUACAUAAUAAUAAGUGUAAUAAAAAGGCUAUAUAUUGUUCAAAAUAAAACUUGUUCGUAUAA